UCUGAGUGCCCCCUUGUGGCAAAGGGUCUCGACUUAUUUUUUUGACACCCCACACACGUAAACAGUCAAAAGUAUGUGUCUUAACCUCUCUGCCAUGUGGGAAGGGGAGGACACGUUGUCCAAAUUGGCUAGCAGUGCACCAAUUUGCACUCAAAAAGGUCAAAUUUGGGGCAAGUGUGGAGUUCCAGCCUCUUCAAAGGCGCUCGUUAAUUAAGGUUUCCUGCCAGACUGAAGUGGUGCCACCUGGGGUCAUGUGUGACUUAAGUGUCCACAUCCAGAUUGGACUGGAUGUGGACCCACAUCCUUGCACUGCAAGGUGCAAGUUGUUUCAUGCUACCCCCUGGUUCUCAUAAACACUUAACAACUAAGCUAUAGACCUAGCUCAAUAACACAUUGGCUCAUAGGACUUAUUUUUUUGACACCCCACACACGUAAACAGUCAAAAAAAAGUAUGUGCCUUAACCUCUCUGCCAUGUGGGAAGGGGAGGACACGUCGUCCAAAUUGGCUAGCAGUGCACCAAUUUGCGCACUCAAAAAGGUCCAAAGUGGGAGAACCGUGGGAUUUCAGCCGGAGCCUUCUUCACAUGCACUGUUAAUUAAGGUGUCCUGCUGGACAGGAGAAGUGGUGCCACCUGGGCUCAUGUUAAUUAAGUGGGCCAUCAAAUUGAUAGCCCACUUAAUUCACAUGAGCCCAGGUGGGGCCACUUCUCCAGCAUAAGUUGUUUCGUGCCACUCAUUCUAAGGGAGAGGCAAGAAGAGGAAGCAGUGCGUUUCAGAACUUUGGAAAAAAAUGACACCACCCAAAUGCCCCUGCUAUUGUCCGCUCUGCGACUACCCAUAUAAAUAUAUGGGUAAACAUCUACAAAGCCGGCAUUUUGUUAAAAAUGCGAAAGAGAAGAGGCUGCUAACAAACUUUGCCACUGGCAGAGUAAAUUUUCGCCACUUGUCCUGUCCAGUGCCGGGAUGCGGUUUUUCAAAGACCAGGCUUGACAGGCACCUGGAGCAGGGGCACCCAGAGCUGGAUGGAGAAAAGCUGGCGGAAUUGAUUAAAGGAAUAAAAAGAAAGGUUACAAUUGACAGCCUGAGGGCCCUCAGGGCCUCUGAUCCCAGCCCUCCCCUCGUGUCCAAUCUGGAUGUGGGCGAUGAUGAAGAGGAGAUGAUGGUGGACAACGCCGAGGCCAUCUCCGAUGACGGAGUCCCCUCCACCUCCUGCUCCUCCUGCCAGAAAAAAUCCGCUGAGAUUACUGAGCUGUGGAGGAAGUUAAGGAAUAAAGAGCGGUUGAUUAAAAAGGCCAAGGCCAUCAUAGCAUCUAUGUCUGAGGAACUCAGAAAGGCCAAAAUUGGGCCAGGAGUGGAGUCUGAGGCGGAGGCAUCUGGAGGGCUUCUCCCAGACUCUGAGGAGGAGGAUAGCUCAGCUGCGGAGGAGCCACCAAAACCAUCUGACCCUGUGCUUUCGGUUCUUAAUGCUUACAAGGAGUUCCCAUCGUCCAUCCUUCAGUACAUGGAACAGUACUGGGUUCAUCUGAAGGGAUCGAUGGGAACCCGUAAACACAUUGAGAACCAGAAAUCCAAGGUGGGCCGGGUGAUGAUGUUUUUCAAGUUCAUGACUGAGGGGAGGUCAGUACUUCCAAACUGGACGUUCUUGGAGAACAUCAGGAGGAUUCACGAGUGGCCAGAACAUCUGUAUGGGGAACAAAAGGCCAUCACCACCAUUAAACUGUACCUGGUCAACGUGUUGGAGUUCCUCACCUUCUUCCGGGAAACGCCGCCGUCGACAGCACGUGUGUCCAAGAAAUCCCUGGUUGCCGUGGUGAGGGCUAUUUCCUGUGACCUCCGGAGGCUGGCGAAGCGCGUGGUUCUCCGCCAGAUGCAAGUGAAAAAGAAGAAGGUUGUAAACCUAAUUCCGAAGGAGGAUCUCAGGGCAUGCCAGAAAUCUGCACGGCGAAGGAUCCCCAUGCUGCUUGAGGCCCUCCGCCUGCUGCCCUGCCCGAACGUUAAGCGGAAGUUCUUUGGUUACUUUGGUGCCUACUGUGCCAGCCUGUAUGGACAUCGGACUGGGGUUCUCACCAACAUGUGUGUUGGGGAAGUGGAUGAGGCCAGGGCAGAAGCCGAACUUGGCCACGAUGGCUUUGUCAUCAAUGUCAAGGAACACAAAACAGCUGUGCAUGGCCUUCGGGCCUGCACAGCUGUUCCUGACUACUGAGGAGUUUGGCUGGCUUGAGCAAUGGUUGCACAUAAGGAAGAGCUUCAACCCAUCCUCUGAGCUGGUUUUCUUUAACGAAAACAACC